AUGCAAACAUUGUACGUAAAUAUCGAGCAGUUAAUUCGCGUGACGUAAGAAAAAGAAAAAAAAAAAGGAAAAAUUUCCGAGUAAAGGAGCUUAUGAAUCACAAAAGAUAUCGCAGCGAACGAACUAACAGAGAUACAUGCGAGUCUGAUUUCUCACGAUGAAUACGAUUACUUGAAAAUUUUUCGUACGUUUAAGGUAUGUAAAUAUCAGUAUCAUCAUCCUCUGUUCGAUAUUACAAGAUUUUAUUUAUCUUCUGUAUGACUUGAAUAAUUUAUCAAUGGUUACGUUGUUUUUCAUUGAAAUUGAGCCUCGGGGCAUUUAAAUUAUCCAUAGGUCGUGCCUGCGAGAAUGUGAGGUUAAGUUACAAGCACAUGACAGAUCAUGAGUUUUCCCGCCGAUUUCGAACUUGAACAACAAGCAUUAUUUAAUAGUCGAGAUUAACAAUAUCCAAUUGUUCGAAUGAGUUUCUCUAAUCGUGUCGAGCGUAAGCAAUAGUGAUAGGAGAAACCUAAUGUUACUCGCACAACGAAUCAAAAGUCAAUUUAGCAGUAAUUUCGCUUCGUCGUUAAUUAUCGCUGAUCGCGCAUUAAAGAAGAAAUUUGUUAUAAAUUAUGCAACGUUGGGUAAAUUCAAAGAGCAAAAAGCAUCGAAAUUAAAUUGCUGGUCGUCGCGAACGAUUUGUUGUCGAAUUGUCUGUGUAAUUUUCUUACGCGAGUUGGAUUUGGAAAAAAAAUGUCACACACAUUUGCUCGAAAUACACAUAAAUUUAACUUGUGGCGAAGGUUAAAAACAUUUUUUGACCUGUUUGAAUAAGUUUUGCUAUGUAGAAAUUAAUUCGGAAAGAAAUUACUCCAAUUAAUUUGUUAGUUCCUAACUGAAUAAUUUUUUAUUUAAAAAAACUACGAAACAAGUUGGUUGUUAGAAAAAUGUAUUGCAUUUCAUGAAGAUUACCUUGAUUAAAUAAUGUCGUGUUGAAUAAUAAGAUGCUUUAACAUAUAGUUUUACUUGAAGAAACAAGCAUUUCAUAUGCACAAACCUAAUAGAUUGUAUGUACCAUAGUAUCACGAUUUAUAUUAGCAUAUAGUGUAUAUUUGCAUUUGAAUGACGUUUUGAUCUUUCUUUCAGAUCUUUCUUCAAAUUUAAUUUGUCUAUGUUAGUAAAAUAUCUGUUGAAAUAACUGAUCAAAAUCAUUACUUUUAAACUGCGACUUCAAUUGUUUUAUUGAACUAAAAAUAUAUUGAUAUUGUUCAUGCAGUUCUAUGUAGAUAUGAUAGACAAAACCAAAAGUUGUCGUAUGGUAAGUACUACAGAUUAUUGUUAACUUAAAAUAUAAUUUUCAUCAUACUGCUUUAAUAAUGUUACUCAGUCUUUUUUUAUUCAAAAUAUUAUUUCAUAAAACAUACUUGUUGCCUUUUCUCUUACUCUAGAUCAUUUAAUGAUUCAUUAGUUUUAUUAUUGAAAUGAAUAUUAAAUAAUUGAAAUAAAAUGGAUAUUGAAUCAAAUGAUACUUUGUAGGUAUAUAUUAUUCACAGAAUUAUUGUAUUACAUAGUAAAGCUGUAAGAAUAUAUAGUUUAUUUAUGUAUAAUGAGUAAAAUAAGUAAACUUCAAUUGCCAUGAAAGUAUACUUGUAUUGUGUGUAAUUAAGAUUUACAUAGAAGGUACACGUUCAAGGAUAGAAAUUUUUUUUCUUAUCUAUAUCACUUAUCUUAUCUACCCUACAUGUAAGUUUUAUUGGUUUUCUUGUUUUAUUAGUUACUUUGCUUUACAAAACAGAUAUAUAAUUUUAUAUUAUAAAGGUCUUAUAAAAAUUUUUCAUUACUACGUAUAAUUUUCAUUUACAAUUAAAUCAAAUAAUAUAAAUAUAUUACAAUUAAAUUAAGUAAAUUAAAUUAAGUAAAUUUAUAAUUACUAGUUAUUUAAUUUGUAACAUAAUGUAAUAUAUAAAGUAUAAUUUGUUUUACACAUUUCACAAUUUAUUUCAAGUUUUUGUAAUAUUGUUAAACUUUCAUCAGUGUCUCUUUCGGUUUAAGGUUCUUGUAAAUAAUAAUGAACAAGAGUUAGGAAUAGUUGGGUUAAUAUGUGUAUAUUUUAUCAUCAUUUAUCUUUAUUUGUAUUUAGUUUUUUUUUUAACAUUGCUUCUUUAGUUAGUUAUAUUGGUCAAUGUUAAGGUGAAUGCAUGUACAUAUCAAGAUGGCAAUCGGAAGUAUUAUUUGUGGAGUCAACACUCCUAAAAUGAAGAGAAAAAAGGCAAAGGUACCAUCUUUUCAUUUAUCUUUUUUUUUACAUUUUAUUUAAACAUCACAUUUUAUUUUACCAUUGUUUUGAAUAUAUGUAAUAUGUUUUUAUAUAUACUUAAAAUACAUUUUAUAAUAUCAUUUUAUAAUAAAAAUAUAUAAUUCAAAUUUUAGACAACUGAACGCAGUUGGAUAGAGGCUACAUUUCAAAAAAGGGAAUGCUCAAAGUUUAUUCCAAGUGCUGAUGAUGAACACAAGUAUGUACAAUGUUUAUUGUAUCUUUAAUUUAGAUAUUUUUACAUACUUCAUUGACAUAUUACACAUAACUAUCAGUCGAUAUUUACAAUAUUAAAAACGAGCUAAAUUAAAAAUUUCCUUUAAUUCUCAAACAUACUAUCUUUGUGGAAUACAAUAAAUACUCAUUUUUUCAAUGAGUGCCAUUUUUGACAUCAUUAUCAUGCAUUUAUUGAACAACUGUGGUAUCUAUUUAUUUAGUUUUUUGAUAACAUGAUUAUUGUAUAUUAAUAAAUAGCUACAAAUACGUAUUUUGUUUCUCUGAAGGAACAAUAUUUUUGCAGAGGCAAUAUGUAUAAACAGAAUAAUUGCAUAAUUUUUUAACAAUGAUGGUCGUAGAUUGUAAUUAACGUUAUAUCGUAAGAUAUGGCUUUUUAAUUUUUACUUUGGGCAAUAUGCAUUUUUAUGAUAGUUACAAUUAUUAAUAUUUUUUACUAUUUAGAUAUCUAUUAUAAAAAAAUUAUUUCUGAAACUUUCCAGAUCAUUACUAACAUAAUUUUUAUGUUCAUUUUCAUUUCAUUUACUUUUUUUUUUCUUUCAUUCCAUUUAUAGGUUUAUGCAAGUAAAGGGAGAUGAGAAUGCAGAGUAUGAUGUGUUCACCACUUCCAGGUGAGAAUUCAUUGUGGGUUUUGUCGUAAUUGAAAAUUUCACAUUCUUUAUGGAAUAGAAAACAAAAAAGAAGAUAGGUGACUUAACAAAUAUUUGAUAUUGCUUCUGCAAAUAUAUAUACAUAUGUCAGAAUUAUGUUUCAAAAUAGUAUCAUAUCUAUUUUCUUUACUUGUAAGUUGAAUAAUUUUUUAGUUUCAAAGACAAAAUAAUAACUUAUAUACCUUUCAUCAUACCUUUGAAUAGUCAUUAAUAAAAUACUGUUACAUUACAUGCAUUCUAUACAGUUCUCAGCAAUAAUGGUUUGUACCAAAGGAGCUGUUAAACGCUAAGUUUUUAUAGUGUACAUAAAAAUCUGCACCAAAAUUGCAUUAUAUAAUCAUUGAAUCGCUUCUUUUUAAGAAAGUUCACUAAUAAGACUUUAUUUUAAAUUUAUCUUUUGUUUAAUGCUUUUCAUAAAAUGCUUUGUUUUUUCCUAGAGUUCAUAUUCAUUACACCAUGCAGUCAAGUAAUCAGAUCAUAUUUAUAUAGAAGUUAUUAUAACAAUAUUAUACUUCACAGUAUCUGGAUAACAAAUUAUGUCAAACAAACCUGUUGUGAAAAUACUCUCAAUAAAAUCUAUUGUGUGUCAAACUUGUGCCUGUGUAGUAGUUAAUAGUUACUCUGAAAUUGUACACUUAAAAGUUUCCCUAUAUAACGAGAAAACUGUGUUGAACAGAUAUAGAAAUAUAUUGUGUACAGUCAUAGGGUAUUCUUUUAUAAAUCUUUUUGAAGAAGAGAAAUAAGAUUAGUUGCAAAAGGGUACAAUUGUAUGUAACAAUAUUCUACAACAUUUGAAAGUUUUACAUUAUGAAAGAAACUACGAUUUGCUUUGAAAAUUACUUGUACCCAAGUGCAUCUAGUCAGUCAUUUUUUUACAGUGAAAAUAUUAAUAAUUGAUUGAUUAUUAUAGAUGUUGUUGUGGAUAUUCUUAUACUCAUCACUGCAGAGCUGGUAUAGAUGUUCAAAGUUACACUCCUAGUAAUACCAAAGAAGAAGAUAGAGAACAAUGGUCUCCUGGAAAAAAUACACGUCCAUUUCCUACGGAUGCAUAUGGCACCAUCGAGUUUCAAGGUGGCCCACAUCCAACUAAAGCUCAGUAUGUAAGACUUGCUUACGACACGAGGCCAGAACCAAUAGUACAAUUGUUGUGUCGUGAAUGGAAUUUGGGACUACCCAAGCUAUUAAUAACUGUGCAUGGUGGUCGUUCCAACUUCGAACUACAGCCUACCUUGAAAAAGGUUUUAAGAAAAGGUUUGUUAAAGGCUGCAAAGACAACUGGCGCGUGGAUAUUCACAGGUGGAACAAAUACAGGUGUAACAAGGCAAGUGGGAGAUGCGUUGCUAUUAGAAAGGUCUCAAAGGCAAGGUCGAGUUGUGAGCAUUGGCAUAGCACCAUGGGGAAUUUUAGACAAAAGUCACGAACUUGUAGUCCGUGGAGGUGAAGUACCUUACGAUUGUCUUUCAUCUCCCUGGUCUAAAUAUGCGGUUUUAAACAAUCGUCACGCAUAUUUUUUACUGGUGGAUAAUGGCACUGGUGGUCGGUACGGUGCAGAAAUUGUGUUACGCAGAAGAUUAGAAAAAUACAUUUCUAAUUUAAAAUUGCAGCCAUACACACAUAGCAGUAUCCCUGUCGUAGCGUUGGUAAUAGAAGGGGGAACGAAUACGAUUCGAUCGGUUUUAGAGUAUGUUACAGACGUUCCGCCUGUUCCCGUAGUAGUUUGUGAUGGCUCAGGUCGUGCGGCCGAUCUCAUCGCUUUUAUGCACAAAUACGCGUCUGAAGGAGAUGGGGAGAACGGGGAGAACGAGGGACCAUUAGAAAGUAUGAGAGGACAUCUUUUAGAUACCAUCAAGCGCACCUUCAAAGUAUCUGUCGAACAGGCAGCGCAAUUGUAUUCCGAACUUUUGCAGUGUACCCGUAAGAAACAUUUGAUAACAGUAUUUAGAAUAAGUCAAGAACGGCCACAGGAACUUGAUCAAACGAUCCUGACAGCUCUGUUCAAGUCUAAGCAAUUAUCCCCUGCCGAGCAAUUAUCGUUGUCUUUAAUUUGGAACAGAGUGGAUAUAGCGCGCUGUGAAAUAUUUGUGUACGGGCAAAAUUGGCCAACUGGUGCCCUGGAGCAGGCAAUGAUGCAAGCUUUGCAACACGACCGAAUCGACUUUGUGAAACUUCUCUUAGAAAAUGGAGUCUCUAUGCGUAAAUUCUUAUCCAUACCUCGCCUCGAGGAACUGUACAAUACCAAAGAAGGCCCUUCGAAUACACUGGGCUAUAUUCUGCGUGACGUUCGACCAAAUAUCCCACGAGGUUACAUGUAUACUCUGCACGACAUCGGUCUCGUGAUAAAUAAAUUAAUGGGCGGCGCUUAUCGAUCGCAAUACACGCGUAGAAGGUUCCGCAUGAUCUAUACCAAAGUGAUGAAGAGAUCCGGUAUACAUCCCCAACACAUGCAUCGAAAUAGUUGCGUCCUGGGCAACACUACUCGUUACUACUCGGGAUCUGGUAGCAAACAGGAUAGCCUGACAAUGAGUUUGCUCGCUGAAACGUUGCCAGCUAAUCGAGACACACCGCUUUUCGAUUAUCCUUUCAACGAGUUACUUAUAUGGGCCGUAUUGACUAAACGCCAGCAAAUGGCGCUGUUGAUGUGGCAACAUGGAGAAGAAGCUUUAGCAAAAGCUCUGGUUGCUCUUAAGUUGUACAAAGCCAUGGCGCAUGAGGCUGCCGAGGAUGAUCUUGAAACAGAAGUGUACGACGAAUUGCGGAGUUAUGGAAAGGAAUUUGAAAAUAUUGCUUUGGAAUUGUUAGAUUAUUGUUAUCGUCAAGAUGACGAUCAAACGAAACAGCUAUUGACUUCUGAACUUCAAAAUUGGUCUGGUCAAACGUGUCUUUCGUUGGCAGUCACGGCUAAUCAUCGACCACUUUUAGCACAUCCUUGUAGUCAGAUUAUCUUAGCCGAUCUGUGGAUGGGUGGUCUUCGCACGAGAAAGAAUACGAAUUUAAAGGUCAUACUUGGACUAGUUUGUCCAUUUUAUAUAGUGUGCUUGGAAUUUAAAAGUCGCGAGGAAUUGCAACUGAUGCCACAAACUCAGGAGGAACAUUUGAUCGCUCUUGAGGAUGAGAAAGAAGAUAGUGAUUCAGAGCAUGGUAUGCCAACGGGUCCAGACGUUGAGGCUUUGAUCAGCAACGAGCACACUACUACUGUUAUCAAGGAGACAAUUGUACAAGAAAAUGGCAAAGUACUGACAGAUAACGACGAUGGGAUUCAUCGUGCGUAUGGUAUACACUCUGAUUAUUAUGACAUCAAGAACAGCAGGCCAUUGAGACUGAGGAAAAAAUUGUACGAAUUUUAUACAGCUCCUAUCACAAAAUUUUGGGCUAACGCUAUAGCGUACAUUAUUUUCUUGGUUCUUUUCUCGUAUUGCAUUCUCAUCCAUAUGGAUGAUCGUCCAUCGUUAGCAGAGAUUUAUGCCAUCGCAUAUAUUUGCACAUUAGGAUGUGAAAAAGUACGAGAAAUAGCAACGUCUGAACCAGCUACUCUCUCGCAUAAAUUCAGCGUUUGGGCGUGGAAUAUGUGGAACCCCUGCGACGCGGCUGCAAUUAUCUUUUUUCAAAUUGGUCUAGCUUUACGCUUGAGACACUCGACUCUCGACGUUGGCCGUGUCAUUUAUUGCGUCGACAGUAUUUAUUGGUACUUAAGGAUAUUGAACAUUCUUGGUGUGAACAAAUACUUUGGUCCGUUAGUCACAAUGAUGGGAAAAAUGGUAAAAAAUAUGACAUACUUUGUAGUACUUUUGGUAGUGGUAUUAAUGAGUUUUGGAGUCACCCGACAGGCAAUUUUGAACCCGAAUGCUGAACCAAAACUCAGGAUUAUUCGCGACAUAUUUAUGGAACCGUAUUUUAUGUUGUAUGGAGAAGUGUAUGCAGAUAACAUAGAUCCAGAUUGCGGAGACGAGCCAGGAAUGAUCCCUUGUUUACCAGGCCGCUGGAUCACACCUGCUGUAAUGUCAAUUUAUCUUUUAAUUGCAAACAUAUUACUGAUAAAUCUUUUGAUUGCCGUAUUCAAUAAUAUUUUCAAUGAGGUAAACGCGGUGGCGCACCAAGUUUGGAUGUUCCAACGUUUUACUGUUGUUAUGGAGUACGAACAGAAGCCAGUUUUACCUCCUCCACUUAUUGUAGUUUGUCAUAUAUAUCUGGUGGUGAAAUAUUUGCUGCGAUAUGUAACACAAGGAAAGGCAAGCACUGGCGAAACCUACGACAACGGGCUGAAGUUGUUCUUAGAAGCGGACGAUAUGGAGCGUCUCUACGAUUUCGAAGAGGACUGUGUCGAAGGGUACUUCCGCGAGCAAGAGCUGAAGCUGCAGAUGUCCACGGAAGAACGUGUGAAAAUUACCACGGAAAGAGUCGAGAAUAUGCAUUCGAAGAUUGAAGACAUUGACAAAAAGGAGAACAGCCAAAAUGCUUCCCUUCAGGCAGUGGAAUUUCGUAUCCGUAAGCUGGAAGAAUUAAACGAACAGACUCUGGCACAUUUGGGGGUCAUCCAUCGAUUCAUGGCUACUCACAUGCCCAACAUGGAGGGCUUGUCCGGUUUCGAUAUAGACGGUCGUCAGCGUAGAGUGUCAGAACGCUCGGAAGUUCUCUCGGAAACAGAUUCUCAUACACAACUACCAAGCAUCGCGGCUAAACGCAAAAGACUGGUCCGAUCGAUGACCGACGGCACGUUUCUUAAUCUAGGCCCGUCAAUAGACGACGUCAUGCUGAAACAUUCAGACACCGCUGUAUCACGCGAAAACCUCAGUAGAAACGAGUCCUCUAUAAGCGGGGAUGGCCACACUAUUCAAGACGACAUAAAGACGACCAUAAGCCAAGAAACUGAAGUAAGCAAGGCCGAUGGCGAGAGAGAAACUUUGAAAAAGAGCUCGUUAUCUAAUAGCAGAGAUGCAAGCAGGGAAGCAAGUGCAGAGCCAACAAGCAGCAAGGAACCAAGCACGGACCCAAGUAGACAAACGAGCAGGGAGUUAAGCAGGGAAACGAGCAAGGAACCGAGCAGAGAAGCCAGCAGCGAAGCACCAGCUUCCGAAUCUAUUCCCAAACAGGAUUCCACGGAACGACCGACCAGGCAGAGUAGCAGAACGCGUUCCGAGUCAGACGAUAUAAUGAUCCUUCCAUCCGGCAUACCGAGAGGAGUAACUUGGGCAGAACCACGUGUCGCGGUCAUCCCGUCGUCCUCGACGAGCAGCACACAGAGGUCUAUCUUAUUAGCCAUGCACGCCGAGUAUACAAGCAUAACGGACGAAUUGGAGAGCUACUGCGGCCUCCUAAGUCCACCGCGAACACCGCCAAUCUCUCCACCUCCUUCAAGAGUUCGGAACUUAUCCGAAAUGUCCAAUCCCGAGAUGGCUUGGCAAAUCGAGAACGAACAUCUGCGCGACGCCGAAGAGUGCGAUUACCAGCAGAUGGAAGACUUGAUACAGAGGAGGUACUUCGCGGACGAAGACGAGCCUUUGCACAGCGCAGACGAAGCCAGCGUCUUCAUAUCGAACGAGCACAGGCAUCAACUUCGAAGAGCUUCCGCCAUCGACGAAGAGUCUCGGAGGCCUCCACCUACGAUUUGCGUGACUAGAGAGAUCGAGCAAACGCUCUCGAGGCCGCCGAUCCGGGACUCGGAAACCUCUGAUCCCAACGACAAGAAUCUGAGCACGGUACCUGCCCCGGCGUCGGAGACCAUGUGUUGAACGAGAUGCAUCGAGGUAACCUAACCUCAAUUUACACACUCUACACGUCACGAUCUGAGUCACUCAACGAGACUGUGCAAGUUGAGGUUAUGUAUUUUCAAUUGGUAUUAAUUUUAACGAGACGCGUACGUAAAGUCAAACGGAGACAGUAUUUUUAAACGGAAACUAUCGUAAAAUUGUACAUUGAUAUUUUUAAUGAACAUUCUACUUCAUUGUAGCGUGUAAACAUAGUAAAAUGCCAUGCAUCCAUCUAAUUGCUUGUUUUAUGGUGCAAUAUGUAUCGUUGAGCUCAGAUCUAAAGAUUUUUACAAUAUUUCAAUUGCAAAUUUUAUUACGAUUUUUGUACGUUCUUUUUCGCGUAAAUUCGUGUAAAUAAUUCAAUUAUUUCCAGCCGUAAAGUACUUAGAAUAUUGUACAUAAAUAUGCACACGAGUGUAUGUACAUACAAAUGUUGAGAAGUCAUUCAGUUUGCUUACACUUAAACUGAGACUAUUGAUUAGUCAAAUGUUACGUAUUGCAGUUAGCAAUUUUAAUCCAUUUAUUUUUUAAAUAAGUAUCAAGUAUAUUAUAUUACAGUUCUUUUUAAAUAAUUUAUUAACACAGACAUAUUUCUAUACUUGGAGAAAUUCACGUAAUAUUUGAUAUGUAAGUUUAUCGUAACUUAUUUAACUUAAUCAGCUUUAUAAAGCUUCCGAUAUUAAUUUCUUGACAAGUACACGAUAUACGUACGAUCGAUCUAGUUGUUAAUAUAUUUGUUGCAAACGUACAACUAACAGUUAUUAAUUUAAUGCUGAAUUCAACUAUUAUAUUCGACAAUUUUUUUUAGGAAUAUAAUAUUUUUGAUUUCGUACAGAUAAUUAUAUAUACACUUUGUUAUAUUUUCACGCAGUUAUUGCUAUUAAUAACUGCUAUUGCGAUGUUUAUGUGCAUAAUAAUUUAUGUUAUAGUUAAUAUCAAUGAUUAUAAUAUCAACUGUAUUAUAAUAAUUUAUGAUACAGUUAAUAUCAAUAACAGAUCCAACAAUUGAAUUGACUUAGCACGGCACAUGGCAGUUACUUUGGAAUAUGUUCGAAAAUGAUUAUUCCUUUAUAUAAUAGAUAAUAAUUGUUACUUUAGUAAUAUUGCUACUUCGACACUUCGAUCUUCGUUAAUAUAAACGAUAAUAAAAAUAUUCAAACUAAGAUAGCUAAAUAUCAAUCAUAAAGUUUGAAUAUUUAGGUGUCUAAACAUUUUCUAUCAGUCACAACAUUAAACACAUAUUGUUGUGCGUAUAAAUUUCUUUUACCAGUCGAAUCACAACACAUUAACAUUUUUUGUGAAUUAUGUUUGCAUGGUUAUUAUACAAUUCGUUGACACGUGAAUUUAUAAUUAUGAAUUUUGUUCAAAAUCAUCAGAGUAUAAAAAAAAAAAUACGAAAAUUAUAUUUCCUUUCUGUAGGAAAAAUCAUGGAAAAAACUAUUGAAUAUUGAAACGUAUGUUAGAGUCCUCUUGUACAAUAACCGGUCAAUUAAUAUUAACUAAUUGGCAAGUUACAAGCAGGUAUGUUGCAGCUUUUCAAUUCAUACAAUAUAUAUCUUGUUUCACUUGCGAAUUCCAACUGAUCUAAUCAUAGUUGGACGUAGGUUCAAAAUUCAUUAAAUUAAUUUGUAUAGAAUGAUUCAGUGUACAUGCUUGCUUCAAAGUUUCUUAAGCAAGAACAU